AUGUCAUUUCCUAAGCAGCAUUCCAUUACAGCCAACAACCAAGCUUUGGAGAGGUUUGGGUUCAAGCCGCCCACGUCCAGUACUCGGAAGACUGGUGCUACCCGUACGAAGGCACGCCAAGUAGCAGACCAAGACAUCGCAGAAGACAGAGAUUUUGAGCGUGAUGGGGAUUCUGACUUACAGCCUGAGCACGAUAGGGAUUUCAACUUGCAACACAACAAUCGGGAUGAAUAUGACGGUGCUAGCGAAAACGGCAACCAGGGUCCAGAUGAUAAUCCCAGGGAAGAUGAAGACAGUCAAAUGGACCAGAAUCAAUCCACGGGUCAGCAAAGGAACCAAGUGGAUGGUUUUGACGAUGAUCUUGAAGGUGGAAUGCAUGAUUUUGAUCAAGGUAUCGAUGACGAGCUCAACAAUGCAGCUCGACAGGAGUCACAGGAAGGUGGUGUUAUUGAUGUCCUCGAGCUUCAUCAGGCGAAGAAUGGACGGCGCAAGGCUCCUUCGCAGGCUUCCCUCUUGAGAAUGAAAUAUAGUCAACGUCCCCACUGCUCGAAGUCACCUCGUCGACCCUCACCUCGACGCGCUUCUCCUGCUCAAGUGCAGUGUAGGCGUACAAGAUCUCCACGUCGACGCACAAGAUCUCCACGUUCACGCUCUCCAUCAGCUCAUCAAUACGGACAUCGACCGUCUGUGCGCGCUUCUUCCUCCCGCAUACAGUCUCCUCUUCGGCGUUCUCCAUCUCGGGCAACCCAGUCCUCAAAUCGCAUAUGGCCCUCCUCCCAGGUACACUCUUCAUCACAGUCCUUUCCCAAGGACACUUCUCCAUCUGAUUGCGCAACAUCACCCACUCUUCGUGGUCGCUCUUCUAGUACCACACCCGAGCCAGAUUCAUGCAGCAGCAAGACCAUUAGGGAACAAAAGAUCAAACCAACUCAAGAGGACCCCACGAAGCUCGGCUUCUAUCCACCUUCCUGGCAAGCAUUUUUGCAGGCAGCAAAGGUGGAAAUGCGUCUCCAAGCUGUCCUGUCACAUCCUAUUCCAGAACACGGAGACGCUCUACAACUUGCACAAGAAGUCUUGGAUGCUGAACUCUGGAGGUAA